UGCACCCAUGAAGAAUGUGGCAAGUGUUUCACCACUGCUUACAACUUGAAGACACAUGUCAGAGCCCACUAUAGUAUAGAACAGACACCCACAUGUGCAGAUACGAAGGCUGUGACAAGACAUUUCCUACGGCACACAAGCUAAAAGUUCACGAAAGAAGACAUCAAACAGAGAACAAGCUAUAUAAAUGCGAAAUGGAGGGGUGCGGUAAGGUGUUCUCUGCCAAUGGGACUUUAACAGCCCAAAUGAAGAUUCACAAUGGCGAGAGGCCGCAUGCAUGCCCUGUAGAUGGAUGUGAGAAAAGAUUUACAAAGGCAUCGAAGUUAAAGCUGCAUUUGAGGUCACAUACGGGUGAAAGGCCAUUUCACUGUGAAGUACAGGUAUAACUAUCAUAUGUUUACGGUCGAAUCUCUCUCUACUGUAUGUCUCACUUCACCGUAGUGUAUAAAUGAGUGCUGACUGCAAACUGGUGGGUAUAACCCUAUGAUAGACUAACGUUCUCUCCAGUGGGGAGUGGUAAUACCCCUGUGUUCUUCCGUUAUACACUCUGGCCUUAUAGGCCUCUUGGGCUCAAGGUGGACUUUAAACAUUUUUACCCGACAUGUAUUUUAGAUACCGUACUCCCCUAAAUUUCUCUCUUUCCUGUCUGACAGUGAUUUUUGUAGAGAUUUGAUUCAUUUCACAGUGUCUUUUUUGUUCAGGGAUGUGGCUGGUCUUUCACAAGUGCUUAUAAACUUAAGCGGCAUAUGCGGAAACACACGGGAGAGAGACCAUUUAUGUGCCUCCAUGAAGGCUGCCUUAAAUCAUUCACAAGAUCAAGUCAUUUAAAGACCCACAUGCUUGUCCAUACAGGAGAAAAACCUUAUGUUUGCCCUGUGGACGGUAAGGUUGUUUUCCCAAAUGAAGUUUAUUAUGCAUACCUUUUUUUGCCAAUUAUCUCUUUACAAUAAAAAAAGAUGUGCAAAAACCUUCUCUUGGAAAUUGAAUGGGACACAAUUCUCUCCUCAAGCACUGGAGACAAAAUGUUAAUUUUAAUUUUAAGAAUUGAUGCUAUUCAGUCAUUCAUAGCCAUGUACCAUACUCUGAGAAAUCACAAUAACUUUAUUUUUUUCCUAGAGACUGAAAUUCAAGUCUUGCAAAAUUUGAAUUCCCCAUUACUGCGAAUUUGAGGUGCCCACCAAAACUGGAUAACUUUUAAACUGUUCAUGAUCCCCUAUUUUUCCAUAAAGAUAGUUGUCAUUGAGUACUUAUCAUUACGGGUCAGGGUGGCUAGUUUGGUCCCAUGUAGCGAGGGGGUGGGUGUCAGAAUUUAUAGUAGUAUGAGGGAGGGAGGUGAGAAAAACAGAAAUAUGUUAUUAUGUUAUUUAUACUACUAUAUGAAAAAUUUCUGCAAUUUGAUUGGCUUAGAGCAGUGGUAUUUCAGCUUAAUUUGAAAUACCUACAUGUAAAAAUUACAAACCUUUUGCUGGUCAUAGUAUAAACAAAUAAUAGCAUGAUUUGUACGUGAUAUUUGGCAUAAAUACCACUUGUGAUAUUUCAAAAUUGUCUCAAAUUUAACUCGCCUGACGGUGCGUGAAAUUACGUAUAACAAUUUCCAAAUAUCACUUGUGUUAUUUAUGCCAAAUAUCACUACAAAUCAUGCUAUUACCGAUACUAAUAAAAUUUACUAAAAGUUGUUCUCGCCUCUUCCCAACCAUCGAUCCCCUGCCCCCAAAGUAAAUUUGAAAUGGUACAUUUGAAACUUGAUUCUGACAAUCUUAUAGAAAAACAGCAGACUGUGAACAGUCUGGAUAGUUAGCAAGAGACUAUUCACAUGACUUUCAUUCAGGAAAGAGUUCACCCAAUCUUAAUAUAAUUUUUCUGCAUUUGUUUACAUGAUGCUGAAACAACCUUUUGGUUCCCACACAAGUCAUUCCGGUUUUCAAUCCGAAUGAAUGAAAUUCUUGUUCUGGUAUGAAAUUUCAUUCUGGUAUCAUGUAAACUGAAAACGAACUUCAUUCUCGAUUGUAAACAGUGUCUAAAUCACAAAUUGUGUAGUCUGGGGUAAGUGGCACAUGCGUAUCUGAAGUGAUGCAAAAACCAUGCAAGCAAGAAUAAGCCAAACCAGCGAAUUUUAUGAUGUGAAUGCAUUACGAACUUCAUUCUGGAAUUAAACUCAUUCCUGAAUGAAAGUCAUUCUGGUAUCAUAUAAACAGCCCCUAAGAUAGAGAAGUUUAAUGUGCCUGUUUGUUUUUUUUAAGGGUGCAACAAGGCAUUUACUGCAGGAAGUAGUCUUAAUGUACACAUGUGUAAACACACUGGUGAGAAACCAUUCAAGUGUGAUAUUGAUGGUUGUGCAAAGACCUACACCACUGCUGCUAACUUAAGGGCUCAUCAAAAGCGACAUGGAAUGAAGGCCGUAGUGGGUAAGAACUUAUACAUGAAGUUGUGCCAAUAAAGUUAAUGCUCUCGCCUAUAAAGAAUGAAAUCAACAUUUGGACAUUCAAUUACCGGUACUAUUCAUAUGGAUAAAAAGAGAUUUUGAAGCAUGGGCAAGUUAGGGUACUUUUGGUGCUUACCUUUUGAUAGAAAAACUUGAAUUGGUUAGGUUGCCCAGUGCAUGAUGAUAUACACUUUCUCUGCUGCCUGCAGAAAUACCUUUUCUGUUACGCUUUGAACUUAACAAAGGCAUGAAUAAAAAGCUUAAAGGAAAAUGUAAAACAAAUGGUAAGCGAUAUUCCAUUUGGCAGCUAUAACCACAUGACCUCCCUUAAGUUUGUUAUUGUUCUGUCUUUACCCCCUACCUUUCCUCCUUGCUCUAAAUGUCCUUUAUUAUACUGUGGUUACAUUUUCUACCUUCCUUUUUUUCCUACAGUUGAUUUCAAUGAUGCUUCCCAAGGUGACAUGCCUGCAGAGCUUGGUGUAGUUAGCUGCGGAAGCAAUGCUAGUGAAACAGAACCCGAAGUCAUGUACACUACCAUUGGUUCUUUCCACCCAAGCAAUUUUAACCUAGAUGAUGCUGCACGUCUUUCAGCAGUUGGUAUUCAUAUACCCGCUUCAUUGCAGCCAAACACAUUGUGUGCCCUGGUAACUUCCACAGGCAACUCACUUUCCACAGGCAUCCCACUUGUGUCUCCGACGACUGAACUUGCAUUGGAAACAGAAAAGAAACAGUCAGAAGAUGGAGAAAUGAAGGAAGCAAGUAUAUCAGGAAUUCAAGUGCCAAUCUCAGUUCAACAAGAGCAAUUUGUUACCGAGGACCUAGAAAAUAAUACAAAACUUGAUGUAACGGAGUUCGUCGUGAGAAGUACUAGUGAUGACACAAUUUCACCUGCCGCCCAGGUAAGGACAGAGGUGGUUGGAGUGGACGGAACCAAGCUCUCUGGAAACUUUGAUUUGUGUAUAACCAGCAUGAUGAGUCAUAUAAGAAGUGAAGCGGGACAAGAUGGAACUGGAGGACACCCUGCUGUUAAAAGUGUUGUGUCAUCAGGUCGGUCUCGUAAAAGGUCCAGAACUCUUGACUUUCGAGAUGUUCACCCUGAGGAUCAGUUUGCGCCGCCUGCUGUUAUAUUUCAGGUUUGUUUGUAAGUUUCGUAUGUUAAGCCAUUCGCCCCUGAACCUCCCGUGUGUAUCCGAGUCUCUUCUACAGCUUGUGACGUCAUCAGGACAACUUUGUCAUCUCACUUGUGCAGGGUGAAGAGAUCUUCAAACCAUAUCAGAAUGAACAAGAUCCAGUCAAGGAGGCCGGAGAAAAGGGCAAAAAAACACGUAACGUUAACCCGAAAAUUCCUCUUGUUCCACUACCCGCCGACCUUUCCUUUCAUCUAAUCGCAAGAUCCUAAAUGCUUUCCUAAAUUAAAAGCUUUUCCCACCAAAAUGAAGCCUUCUAAAAUGCCCAGUAAAAGAAAAAAAAGUGGAGGAAGAAAAGAAGAAGAAGAGUGGAGGAGAUAAAUUUUGCUUUCUGCGCAUACCUGAGCUUCAAAAGCUAUUCUCUUGCAUCUGGAUCCUUGGCUUCUUAACGUGAGACAUUUCAUAAACCUUCAUUUUGAGCUCCUGAAGUUGCAUAAUUAUUAUGCCAAAAAAAAGCGAUUGUAAUUUGACAUCUGUUGGUUUGCAGGAUGAAGUCAAGUCCUCAGACACUGAAAAUGAGGCUGAAGUCUUAGUGGCUCAAAUCCAGCAGUCCCCUGAGGGAAUUGCCACGGUUCAUAUUCCCAGGGAUUCGUUUCAAAUCAAUUUACCCCACGGACCAGUAACUGAUUCAACAACAGCUCAUGUACCAGAAGUGGAACAUGUGGAUGUCAAUACAUGUGGUAACCAUGGUAACACCAUUGAGAUUCCUUUAGAAUCUAGUUCAACGCUACCCGGUGCGUCUGCGCAAAGUGAAGUUAUGGAAAAAGAAGGCUUAUCUCCAUAUAUGGACAAUCAAAGCUCUUCAGAGCAAGACGAAGGGAACGGAGACACUUAUCCAGAAAGCACAAUUAAUUUACAAGACCUCCGAUAAUAUAUGCAUAAUUCAUAGCAACAACAGUUGUAUACUGUAGAUAAUUUUUCUUUCUAGCUCCAUUUAAUAAUUUAUUUAGUAGCCUUAUUUAAAGAGGUUAAUUGUCGAAAUUAGAAAUAGCGUUGGAAAACGUCAAAAAUUCAUCACAAAGAAUCGAUUAUCGACAGUCAAAUUGUAUCGGCUAUCUUUAUAGGGCGUAGCUAAAGAGAGAAGACGCUGGUCAUCACCUAGCCUGCAUAACAGCCUGGCAAAUAUAUGUAUUAGACUCUGAAAAUUGACUGAUGUCAGUCACAGAAAGUAUAAAAUCAAGUGCCGGUAUACGGAAUAAUGAUAAUAUUAAGUAUCAAGUAUUUCCUCACGUUAUUGACAAAUUUCUAAGUCAGAUCUUUUUUUAUGUUUGUUUUUUUAAAAAACAAAAACAUAACACUACCUGCAAAUGACCAAAUAGCUUUUCGCGACGUUUCACCUUAUCAUUCGGCUUAGAGCACUUGAGUCAGUGAUAUAAUUUUGAUGGAGAAAAACAAAGACUGUAACUAUAAAUAGACCUGAUGAAGAGAGAACUGAUAAACAGCCCUUAACAACUGUUCUUAUAUCCAUCUACCAACAUGGCGGC